AUGGCGAAAUCCACAUGUCUCUCAUUAUGCGAUGUUCUUAUGCCGUGUGCUUACAUUCGUUCGUUACUUAUCUUCAAUUAUCAAAUCAAUAGUCUGGAAAAGGAAUUUCUUCAUAUUUACUGUCCACAAGCAUUUCAAUGUAUCAAAAAUGAACAAAUUGUCGAUUGUGGUGAAGAUCGACAAGUGUUCUCGUAUGAAUCUCGUUCAAAUGAAAGUCUAUCAAAGUAUUUCCACAAUGACUCAUCAAUUGAUGAUUUAUUUCCAUACAGUUUCAUACCAAAUGAUGUUUCACCUUUGAUAUUCUUAGAUCAGAUUCGUUUCGAUGAUGGAAUCAUCUUAAUUUUUGGUUGA